CAGCAGCAGCAGCAGGCAGCAUGGUUUCAGACUUUUGUUGAAGAGACCACGCCUCUGGUUUGCUGCAGCUCGGUGUGCAGUGUGACAGCGGCUUGCCUGAAUUUAUUUCAGUCGGGGACGAGAGAGAAAUCAGGAGGAAGGAAUAAGGCGGAUAUCGGUGCCCUCUCUCUCCCUCUCUCUCAUGCAGUUUUGAGACGCCCCCUCCCUGCACCUGUUCUGCUUCGUCUUGUCGCCGUCUCGCCGGAGUUGAGCCUCUUGCGAGUGAGCGGACGUCGCUUCUCAUUGUUAGAUAGACGUUGUUUUGAGCAUGACUUCGACGUACAACCUGGAUUUCCACCCUCUGGCCGAAAGUCGGUUAAUGACUUCGAGCGACACAAUCAACGGAAACGGCAGCAAGAUGAAUGGGUCGCUGGAGCACUUGGACCAGCCAGACCCAGACUCCAUCAAGAUGUUUGUGGGACAGAUCCCGCGCUCCUGGUCAGAAACAGAACUGAAAGAGCUUUUUGAGCCCUUCGGAGCUGUUCACCAGAUCAACAUCCUCCGUGAUCGCACCCAGAAUCCCCCUCAGAGCAAAGGAUGCUGUUUUGUAACUUUUUAUACAAGAAAAGCUGCACUGGAGGCCCAGAAUGCACUGCACAACAUAAAGACCUUAAGUGGGAUGCAUCAUCCUAUCCAGAUGAAACCUGCUGACAGUGAGAAAACAAGUGCGGUAGAAGACAGAAAACUCUUCAUUGGAAUGGUUUCAAAGAAAUAUGGAGAGAACGAGAUCAGAAUGAUGUUCUCCUCUUUCGGACAGAUCGAAGAGUGCCGAAUUCUCCGUGGACCAGAUGGUCAGAGCAGAGGCUGUGCGUUUGUCACAUUUGCUACCAGGGCAAUGGCACAGAAUGCAAUCAAAACCAUGCAUCACUCUCAGACUAUGGAGGGCUGUUCCUCACCUUUGGUGGUGAAGUUUGCUGACACACAGAGAGAUAAGGAGCAGCGGCGCCUGCAGCAGCAGCUUGUUCAGCAGAUUCAGCAGCUCAACAGCGCCUCCACCUGGGGAAACUUGGCCGGCCUGGGGACCCUCACGCCGCAGUACCUGGCUUUGCUCCAGCAGGCCACAUCUACAAGUAACCAAGGCAGUUUCAACAGCAUUCAAAGGCUAGGAGCAGGUGUGAAUCCCCUUCAGCUGCAGAACUUGGCCACAUUAGCUGCUGCUGCAGCUGCAGCUCAGAGUUCUGGCAGCCCGACUUCCACCAGCGCCCUGUCUGCAAGCAGUGGAGCCCUGGGAGCCCUGGCUAGUUCAGCCGGUUCAACAGCAGGGUCCAGUGCGGGUGCUGCCAUGAGCACUUUGGCAUCUCUGGGCACCCUGCAGGGUCUCACUGGGACCUCUAUGGGCCUCAAUCUCAAUGCUCUCACCAGCAGUGUUGGUGGUAUGGGGACGAUGAAUGGAGGCCUGGGAGCCUCCAUGGCCAAUGGGUCAGCAGCCAGCUCCAUGGAUGCUCUGACCCAGGCCUACUCAGGGAUGCAGCAGUACACAGCCUCCGCCCUGCCCUCCCUCUACGGCCAGUCUCUCCUUCAGCAGAGCAUUGCUGGCAGUCAGAAGGAAGUAGGGCCAGAGGGCGCCAACCUGUUCAUCUACCACCUGCCCCAGGAGUUUGGGGACCAGGAUCUUUUGCAGAUGUUCAUGCCUUUUGGAAAUGUGGUCUCUGCCAAAGUCUUCAUUGACAAACAGACCAAUCUGAGCAAGUGCUUUGGGUUCGUCAGCUAUGACAAUCCUGUGUCUGCGCAAGCUGCCAUUCAGGCCAUGAAUGGUUUCCAGAUUGGAAUGAAGAGGCUGAAGGUUCAGCUGAAGCGCUCCAAGAACGACAGCAAACCCUACUGAUCCUAGCCCUGGGCCCCCCCCCCCCUCCCCAGCUCUAAUGCUAGCACUGCUAGGAACAAAUCUCCAUGCCUGUUUGCUCAUCAUUAGCCUAGCAUGUCUUCAUGAUGUUGAAAGCCAAGCCAAACUCCUGGCCUCAUCAUCCCACCAUUGUCUGUGAUGUCUCUCUAAGCUCGCCUGACCAAUACCUGGCCACCCACUGACCCUUGACCUUAGCUCAACCUGAUUUUUCUGCAUGUAUAUCCUUUUUUUUUUUUUUUUUCUUGUUUGUUUUUUUCUGUAUAGAAAUGUGACAGGUGGGAGAGAGGUCAAGCAAAUCAAUGUGAAAAACUUACCUGCGUUGAAUUCAUUUAAGACGUUUUUUUUGUUUUGUUUUUGCAAAAUUUGUUUUUUUGCGAAUGUUUUAAAAACCUGUGGGAUUUCUUAUUUUUAGAAAUGUUUUUUUUUAUGUUGCUUUCUUUUUACCUCUCUCAGUAAAGUUCACUUGAAAGUUGAAUACAGGGAUUGGCACACAGCUGUGCUAUUUGGUGCCAUUAGCAAUAUGUUGGCUUCUUUAACAAAAAAAAAAACAUGCUAAAGACCACUUUUCAACACCUUUUUGAAAGUCUGACGAGUUAAACCCCUCUCAGUGCUCUGUAAUGAUCUCUACAUUUUGCCGGUAGUGUGAAGAUUUACACCAAGGCUAUUUAAAAUAUAUUUCCUUUUCAUUUACAAAAAUAUUCAGUGUAUUUACUUUUUUUUUUUGAACUAUUGAUGGCACAAUAAAAGGUACAUUUGCUCUGUUUGGAGAAAUGACUACCUACAUGAGUCAACUUUUUUAGAACUGAUUCACAAAUAGACAAUCUGUGGUUUAAAUGCACACUUAGAUUACCUAUAUUUUAUACCAUUGAAUCUAUAGAAGUUUAACUAACAGAACCCAGGCAAAACUUUGGGUUUUUUGUAGAUUAUGUUGUAAUGUCAUCUGUGUCGGGGGGUCUUCAGUGUACUACAUUUUUAAAGAGGACUAAAAAUCAGUUUGAUCAGCGUGACCAUUUGCGGGUAAUUUCUAGAAAAUUAAACACUUUAAGUCAAAAAUCCUCUGCAUUACUUGUAAUUUCAACUUCUGGGGGGAAAAGAUUAUUAUUUUUUUUUUUUUUCCAGGGUCACAAUAUGUAGAUUUCUCUUUCUUUUUCUCCUGCGUUUGAAGAAAAAUUUAGUGUUCAACUUCCACGGUACGUCUUGUUGACUUUGUGAAUUUCUCAUUAAUAAUUUAAUUAAUGGAUGUUUCACUUUGGUUUAGUUUGGAUGCCUCAUGUUGAAAGAUGGAUUUACUAUGUCUGUUAAUCAUACAGAUGCCAGACAAUGUCUUCUUGUUUUUAUUUUGUUAAAGUGCCCAUGUGUCAAACUGUUUUUGAAUUCACACAUUUUUGUCCUGUAAUAUUACCUAGUUUUCUUUACACACACACACACACACACACACACACACACACACACACACACACACACACACACACACACACACACACACACACACACACACACACACACACACACACACACUCUCACACUCUCUCUCUCUUUCUGUGAUUGCAAAUGUGGGAGCCCCUGAAGAAGAGAUCACUUGGACACAACACAUGGCCUGUGGGUCUCUGCACAUUUUAUAGACACACACUUGCUUUUUUUUCUUGUUUUUUGCUGAUCGUUCUUUUAAGUGACUUCCAGUAUCAUGUUUUAGUCGUACACAAUGCACAGCACAUUAAUACUACUAAAUCCACCACUAUAGUGUUGGUUUAUAAAUACAUUCCAUUUUUUCAGCACAAAGUUUACACUUUUUUUACCGGGGUGGUAUUUUGUCUUGUACUACAAGUUGUUGAGACAACCUUGGUAAAAUAACAACCACUUCCCCCCCCUCCCCCCAAAGAAGGGUUACCUAAAACUGCAUACCUGAUGGCGCUAAAGAGUUGUCAACUCAGGGGCUUUUUUGUGUGGAUACUCACACAGGAUUACAAUACAAAAUGCACAGUUGUCACCAUUUGACUUUUUUUUUUUUUUUUUUUUUUCCUUUUUUUUGGUUUGGAUUUUCUUCCUUUCUCAAAAUGCAUAAAUAUUCCUAAAUACAUAAAAUAAAUGGGUACCAAAUUAGAAACCGUGCUCGAGGGAAAGUGUUGUAGUUUUGUAAGGAAACGUUAAGCACAAUUGUGGGAGCUAAUCACUGUUACAGAAUUGGGGGGGGUGUGUGUGUGUGUGCGCUUAUAAUCCCCAAAUUUUCAAGGUACCACUGAUUUCACUUUUUAAUAUGGGCAUGUGCUUUUUACAGUGUGUUUUUUCUAUCCAAAUGCAAUACAAUAUUCAAAGUGCCAUAUAUACGUCUAGAAACUGCCUACACAUCCUUAUUAGGCCUUGGUUUAGAGAUUGCUGCAGUUCGCCUUUUUUGUCUAUUUAUGCCAGUGUCAUGAAAGCUCUUGUCCCCCUUCUCCUCAUCCUCUCCCCCACUCUGUGUGUUGAGUUAUUGGUAAAUGUGUAUUGUGAUGUACUCAAUUUGAACAGUUGAUUAAAAAAUUGUAGAUAAACAAUAAACUUCCCUAUACAUUUGAAGGUUAAACCUCUUUCUUAGUGAGUGUGAACACGUGUACUGUAACACUUUGCGAUACAAAUCACGAUUGGUGAUCGAAUGUGUUGAGGGAAUUUUGUUUGGAAUUGAAAAAAGUCAUAAAACAAGCUAAAACUCAAGUAAACAAACUUGGGAGCCAUGUUGAUAAGAUCUUAAAAUGAUAGAAUUGUGUGUCAAACACUGAAAUGAUUGCAGAUGUGCGGCGAUGUGUUGUAUGGUGAAGUGUUACUGUGAAUGAAUAAAAAAAGCACAAUGUACAGUCCACAGCGGUCCCAACAGGAACUUGACUCACUUCAGGGGCUUCCAUCACAAAUCUCAUCAAGCUCUUAACAAUCACUCUUUCUUCUGUUUUCAUAUUCUGAAGUGCUAUUUUUUUUUUUUGACAGUGUGGUAGCUUUGCAUCUCUAUAGAUAUUGUCUUGAUCCAAAAGAAGAGAGGAGGAGGAGGAAGAAAAAAAAAAACAUCUUGUGUUAUUUUCUUGUCUGAUAAUCGGUAGGACUUUGUUCAUGUUCCACCAAUAAUUUAAUAGAUGUUUUAUCUUGUCUUGAUGAAAGCCAAAGUGGGUGCAUCUUGAUGUGAUCUGUAUUAUACAUACAGUAGUUCUUCUGUUCAGUGAAAAUCAAUUUUUUUGAAACUGGGUGGGAUUUGAAAAAGAGAAAAAAAGACAUACACAGGCUUUCCAAUUUCUACAACUGGUUGUUCAUAUGUAUUUUGUACCAGUGAAGCUUUUUAUAUUGGAAAUUAAAGGAAAAAAAUCUAUAUUGGGAAAAAAAAUUGUCUGGCCUCUCAAUGUGGCCUUGCCUUGACCAGGUCUUGAGUUUGGCCUCUUGGUGGUGUCAAGCAAUUUUUUUUUUUUUGUUGUUUUGGUUUUUUGUCUCUAAAAAGAUGCCUGAUUUUGAAUUUACUUCGAUCUCUACAUGUUUCUUCACUCGUUAAUCAGUUUCAGUUUCGGGGGGGUUGGGAUCCUCUAACUCGUGGUAAGUUUCAUGUUAGUAUUUGUGCUGUCCACAUAGUUUAGUGGUCAUCAGGAUUUUGACAACUUGUGUGGAUAAUUGUCUUAGUUGAAGAGUUAACUGUUUAGUUUGAGCCUUGCUUUUUACCUGUGUAGAGUUUUCUGUUUUUCCCAUAGCGGCGUGUGUAGCCGAAAGACUCUGUGUUCUUUUUUUGGUCAAUGUUUGUUCAUGUGUGGUGUGUUUCUUUGCCUCUGUCUCCAAAUUAAACCAUUUCCCCUAA